AAAAUCAAUUAUUUCUUCAUACUUUAAACUCCUCUAGGCUCUAUAUAAAUCCUUUUAAACCCCAUUAUUCCUUAUAACCCCAAAGUUCUAAACCUUCCAAUUAUUAUUUUAUUUUUUUUAGUCCCGAGAGAAAACUGUCCUAACCUCAGUACAUUUUUACAAAUUUCCAAAAAUGUCAGCUCAGUUCAUAGAAAAACACCGCGAAAACGCGGAAAUAUACACCGGUUCAGACCUAUGCAAGCAAAAAUCAAUAGAGCUUUUACUCGAAAUCAACAUGCCUAAUGGUCUACUACCCAUGGAUGAUAUUGAGGAAGUUGGGUAUAAUCGUACGACCGGGUUCGUGUGGCUAAUCCAAAAGAAACCGAUCCAACACCGGUUCGAAAAGAUCGGUAAACAAGUAUCAUAUGAUACUCAUGUUACGGCUUUUGUUGAGAAUCGUCGGAUGAAGAAACUUCAUGGAGUUAAAGCUAAGGAGCUCUUAAUUUGGAUCACUCUUAAUGAAAUUUAUAUUGAUGAUCCUAAUUCUGGUAAAAUUACCUUUGGUACCCCUACUGGUAUUUCCCGCUCUUACCCAAUUUCUGCUUUUGAGGUGGAAGAAGAGAAGAAAUGAAAGGAUUUUUCAAGGGGUAAUUUUGGGAUUUCAACUUGCUUAAUGUCAACUUACUCUUAAUCAUGGAGAUUUAGCUAUGUUUUUAAUUUGAUCUUGCCCUACUAAACCAUUAUCUAUGCUUUUAAUGAUUAAGUACUAAGAAUAUGUUUACUUUUCUCUACUAGUAUUAAGUUGUGUGUUAUUAUAUAGUAUACCAAAGCGGAAGCUACUAAUGCAAGUUUUACGUUUUAUAAUAUUUUUAUGUGAUUAUAUUAUAAUAAAUGUAUUCUCCGUAUGAUAAUUGUUGUUAUAA